CAGAGCCAGGCAAUGCGUAUUGUGAGGACCAUCGGCCAGGCUUUCGAGGUGUGUCAUAAACUCGGCGGUCAGUCCCGGCCAAACUCGGACAUCAAAGAGGAAGUCGGUGACCGCCUGACUGAGGAUAAUGACCGCAAAGUCACCAAGAGUGAGUCAUCAUGUCUUGACUGCGGCCUCACUUGUUAUAUAUCCUUACAUACUUGCACUUUAAACAUCAUUGAAGACUAUUACAUUGUGUUAACACUUACAAUGGACAUCGUGCUUGCUUUAAACCGAAGUCAGAAUUACAAUGGACAAUAGCACCAUGUUGACUUCAAUUACAUAGCACCAUGUUGACUUCAAUUACAUAGCACCAUAGUGACUUCAAUUACAUAGCACCAUGUUGACUUCAAUUACAUAGCACCAUGUUGACUUCAAUUACAUAGCACCAUGUUGACUUCAAUGCCAUAGUACCAUGUUGACUUCAAUGCCAUAAUACCAAAACAGCAUUAUUAUAGUUACAAUUUUAGACUAACUUAACCAUUACACUUUUUUAAAAAUAACUGUCUAUAUCUAAUACUUGAUCUUUCUGAAGAUAAAGAAAUUACUAUGAUCAAUACUUGAUCUUUCUGAAGAUAAAGAAAUUACUAUGAUCAAUACUUGAUCUUUCUGAAGAUAAAGAAAUUACUAUGAUCAAUACUUGAUCUUUCUGAAGAUAAAGAAAUUACUAUGAUCAAUACUUGAUCUUUCUGAAGAUAAAGAAAUGUCUAUGUCCAAUACUUGACCUUUCUGAAGAUAAAGAAAUGUCUAUGUCCAAUACUUGACCUUUCUGAAGAUAAAGAAAUGUCUAUGUCCAAUACUUGACCUUUCUGAAGAUAAAGAAAUGUCUAUGUCCAAUACUUGAUCUUUCUGAAGAUAAAGAAAUGUCUAUGUCCAACAUUUGACCUUUCUGAAGAUAAAGAAAUGUCUAUGUCCAAUACUUGAUCUUUCUGAAGAUAAAGAAAUGUCUAUGUCCAACACUUGACCUUUCUGAAGAUAAAGAAAUGUCUAUGUCCAAUACUUGAUCUUUCUGAAGAUAAAGAACUGUCUAUGUCCAAUACUUGAUCUUUCUGAAGAUAAAGAAAUGUCUGUGUCCAAUACUUGACCUUUCUGAAGAUAAAGAAAUGUCUAUGUCCAAUACUUGAUCUUUCUGAAGAUAAAGAAAUGACUAUGACCAAUAAUUGAUCUUUCUGAAGAUAAAGAAAUGUCUAUGUCCAAUACCAGAUCUCUCUGAAAAUAAAGAACUCUUUAUGGCUCACACAUGAUCUAUCUGCAGAUAAGGAAGCAGGAAGCCAGGAGAAGAAAGAGUUGAACACGGCGUCCAAGGACGUCAGCAAGGAGAUCCACAAGCCCAACCCUCCCAAUGAGUUGAGUUUAAAGAACACUCAGCAUGGACUCCCUGCGGUAUGCAUUACAUCCAUGCCCUCCCAGACGUCUCUCUGUCUCUGUCUGUCUCUGUCUGUCUCCAUCUCUUUGUUUCUCUCCAGAUAUCUCCUUCUGACUCUCUCUCUCUCUCUGUAUGUGUGUCAGCACGGACUCACUUCGGUAUGUAUUUAUCGAUACUCUUCCAAGCCUCUUUAUCUCCAUCUCUCUCUCUCUCCAUCUCUCUCUCUCUCUCUCUCUCUCUCUCUCAUACCACUCCUUUUCACCAAUUUCGUUUUUCAGAGUUAGAUAAAGUAAUUUCUUUACCAAAGGUCCCCAUCUUAAGCGUAAACACGGGUCUUUUCUUAUAACUAAUACAAAUCAUCUCCAUUAGCCAACUUUCUAUAGGAAGAUGGCCAUAUAUUACAGUGUUAUUUCCCUCUGUCAGAAAAUGGCCGUAUGUUAUAUUAUUUUUUUCCGCCCCCUCCCCACCCCACCCCCAGCUCCCUAUGAAACUUUCGACGCCCCUCAGCUCCCCUGUCAUGCUUGGUGACCGCGGGGACAGCGGCAAUGGGAGCGGUAGCGAGCUGUGUCAGCUCCCUCUCAGUCAGCAUCACCAGAUGCAGCUGGUCAGACAGCAGCUUGAACAGCAGCAGCAUCAGACACAGGUAUAGGAUCAGGUGUUUUGUUUUGUGUCAGUACUGAUUCAGUCCACGGGAAUCGUACCACAAAAAUAAAAAAAACCUUAAAAUUUAGAAAAAUAUAUAUAUAAUGAAUAGGAUGUAAUAAUGCACUGUUUCUUAAACUUUUUUAUACCGUUGACACCCGUGGGUGGGACCUCCCUCCCCACCCCCCCACCCCCCUCACAAAAAAUAUUAAAUAACAAAAAUGUCUCUUCCCACUCAGGUUGCGAUUGCACAAGUUCAUCUCCUGAAGGACCAGCUUUCAGCCGAGACGGCAGCCAGAAUAGAAGCUCAAGUAAGUCACGCAAUGUUAGGAAUGGGUUCGAGAACUCUUAUGAACCCAACAGAAUCGAUUGUUCUUGCUAAGGCAAAAGGAUCGAUCUCUACCCCACAACCCCCCCUCCCCAAACAGUACGGUUCAUUGUAGGUUUAAACUAAUGGCAACCACGUGACUCCAAUUUUACCAACUGAUUAUUUAAAACAUGAAACGGACCAUCAUAUUUAUGGAAUCCUCGCCAAUGAAAGUAAGUUAUCAAAUUAUACACGUCAAACUAAAUAAAUAUUCACAACUAUUCAAAUACAUCCUAAAUUGAACUAAUUUAAUAAACUUUUUUUGUUUACAAGAUAAAUGCCUGCACCAACUCAAGUAGCUUCAAAAGCCUGUCAACAAUGAUUUUAGAACAAGGAUUCCAUUAUUGUUUGUGUUAUCCAGUUAUCCACCCUUAGUAACCAUAUUUACACAACCCCCCCCCCUCGCGCGCACACACACACACACCUUUUUCGGUUUUCCACCCAAACCAAUCGAGAAUGAAAUUUCUUCCCAAUAUAUUAAACGAUGUUCUCUGUUAAGAUGUAUAAAUUUAACCAUCUAACCACAUGUAAAAUUGUGGUAACCCUUACAGUUACCACAUGUAAAAUUGUGGUAACCCUUACAGUUACCACAUGUAAAAUUGUGCUAACCCCACAAAAAAAUUGUGCUAACCCUUACAGUUACCACAUGUAAUAUUGUGGUAACCCUUACAGUUACCACAUGCUCCAGUUUGUAAAGAUCCGGGUUGUAAACCAACUGAAUGUUUAACGCAUAUCCUUAAGUAUGAAUACGACGGUGGCAUUUCAUCGUGCGCUGGUUACCUUAGACAACCCCUACUGCCCCUUUGGGGUGCAUCGAUUUAAAGCUGUUUUUUUUUUAAAUGAAGAACUGGUUGUGUCCUAUAUCAGUGCUUCUCAAACUGUGUUUCGUCCGUGGCCCACUCAAACAAUUUUCAUUACCUCUGUAGCCCGUUUCUCUAUUUUCAAUAUGCAACAUUGAUAUGUGUACAUACAUUAAGUCCUUUUUUUUUCUUUUCAAAGUUUUCCUGGCCCCCAAGAAAUACAUCGUGGCACCCCCGGGGGAGCCGUAUGUUUCACGUUGAGAAAUGCUGUUAUACAUUCAAUUUUUUGUUCCCUCUUCCGUCUCACAGGCAAGAGCCCACCAACUGCUCCUCCACAACAAAGACUUGCUGGACCACGUGUCGCUCCUGGUGUCCCGCGUCCAGCAGCUAGAGAUGAAGGUCAACGGGGUGAACCCCCACAGCAUCGAGCCUUUCCACGCCCCUGCCCAGGUGGGAAGCUAUUCUAUCAAUAUCAGUGUGAAGCUUUUCCUACAACCGGUCGCGUUACAAAACAUGAUUUUAUCUUAAAACUAAUACAUGUUUUGUUUCGUCAUUUUUUUUUUUUGUGCAGUGCUUUUUAAUGUGUAUCAAAAAAAAAAAAAAAAAAAAAGAAAGAAAGAAAGAAAGAAAACUUUAAUAAUUGGGAUGGGGGAGGGAGAAAAAGGGGGAAGGGGGCUUAGAAAUGCAGAUAAUAUAUUUUGUAAAUUCAGUCGAGUCUAUGUAUUGUCGUUUGGGGCAAAGAUUUGAUUCAGGAUUCUUUCUUUUUUCUGCGAAAUAGGCUAUCAUUGUAUGGUCUUAUCUAGUGUUUCUUUCAGACAAUAUUCUCAGAUAAAUUACAAGUUUCCUCUUCAAUAUACUUGAAAAUAUUUUUUUUUUAAAAACAUAUUCAUUGUAUUUAUUUUACAAUUCAAGAUUUAGAUAGAAGAAUAUUUUCUAAAACUUUUCCAAAAAAAUAACUAUCAUAAAUUGGCAUGAUAAUUGAAUGCUAGUGCACAAAAACAGGGAGUAAUUUUUAAAUUUUUUUUAGCAUUCUAAUGGAUUCUCAUCUAAAUAAAUUUAUUAAUUUUUUUUUUAAAUGCGUGCUAAUAGGUGGGGCAGAUUUUUAAUAUUCUGAUAUUAAAAAGAGAAAAUCGGUUUAAAAUUUAACAAAUAUAGACCAAGUAUUUCUAAAAAAAAAACUCUCUUAAUCAGGAAACUGUUUAAAAAUCAAUAAACGCUUUUGAUUUCAUAAUAAAUUGCUGAAACGUGCAUUUGUGUAUGCGCCCGUUGAAUUCUUAAUGUUUGUUAAAAAAAAUAAUUAAUAAUAAUAAUAAUCAUUUUUUUUUAGUUUUUAUUUUAUCUAGUUCAACAUACAUGGAAUCGUGCACAUUUAAAAUUAUAAUAAUAAUAUCUUUAAAGCACGAUGACCGAUGCCAUCAUGCAAUUUAUCAUGAUAACCUAUCCCGACUUUGUCACGCUUUUAGGAUGAAAUAUAAUUUGAAAACAGAGUGCACAUUUUGAGCAGGAAUCGUCAUUUAAAUUAUAGAACUUUAUUCUGAUGUCAAGAAAGUAUUUAAACUUGUGACGUUGCAAAAUAUAAAUAAAUAAUAAUUACCCGAUUAUGCGAACAACGGGAGGUAAGCCUCCGGCUUAUAAUCGGGAGCGGCCAGUUUUCUGAACAUUGCCAUUUUUACAGUCAAAUAGUAACAAGAUUAGCCUUGAAUCAGAGGCGUAGCGAAAGAGUUUGGCGCCCGGGGACAAGAUUCGCCACCCGGGGGCAAGAUUCAUUUUAAAGCGCCCCCUUUUCUUUUUUUUCAACUCUCAAACCCAUCCUGUUCAUCAAUAAAAUAAUAUCAAAUCACGUUUGGGUGCCCCAACUAACUGUCGGCCGGGGACAUCUGUCCCCCCCCCUACAUCCCCUCGCUACGCUUAUGCCUUGAAUAUACGGAUCAUCAAAUAAAAAAUGGUUACCGGAAAUUUGUUCGAAAGAAAUUUCGUCGGCGGUCAAAUGUUCGACGGUAAUUUGAUUGAACGGAAAUUUGAUCGAAUCUUUUUUUUUCAGGUUUUAUGUUAAAAGUUUCGUUAAAUUUCUUUUUGAACGCACUAUACUAUAUAGUAAAACAAAAUAAUGCGUUCAAAAAGUACUUGAAGCAAAAUGUUAACGUAAAAACUAAAAAAAAAGAUUCGACCAAAUUUCCGGAUACGAUAAAUAAUAUAUUGAGCGUAGCAAUAAUUAAUAGGUUCCACUAAUUGUCACGGUUAAUCGCAUUGGCUACUAUUCUUUUGAUACAACCCCCCCCCCCCAUCAAACCGAGUUUUUCCUGAAAGAAACACUCGUCUUAUCUAAGUUACAAGCCUAGAAAGUUGCCAGUGCGUUUCUACAUGAUACAACCCCCCCCCCCCAUCAAACCGAGUUUUUCCUGAAAGAAACACUGGUCUUAUCUAAGUUACAAGGCUAGAAAGUUGUCAGGGCGUUUCUACAAUACGGUUUGAGGGUAAGGCUCAUAAAAAGCCAAUAUUUGAUGUAUGACGUCAUUUAAUGGCAUUCAUCUUUAUCUUUGCACAGAUUUUUUUUUUUUUUUUUUUUUUUUUUUUUUUUUUUUUUUUUUUUUUUUUUUUUUUUUUUUUUUUUUUAUAAUUUUUUUUUUUUUUUUUUUUUUUUUUUUUUUGUUUUUUGUGUGAAACUAUUCAUUGUUGUUUAACCCCGUACAGCAAGCCUCGAAAUUUCAAGUAAUUUUCAAAUCUGGAGGCUUUCACUUUCACUAUUUAAAUGUGUGUUGUAUAAAAAGGAUUUGAAAAAAAAAAUCAUUUUAACUCAAUCAACAAAAAAACAGUAAAUAGUUCAACUAGUUUAGCUAACAACUCACUUCCAGGUGUUACAUGUCGUUCUUGUAUUUUGCACGCCCCCUCCCCUCGUGUUCUCCUACAGUUACAGGCAUGAAACACACUCAAAUCUAAUGACGUUCGUUGCACUGCUAUCGUCCAUAGAUUCCCUCUCUCCCAGACGCGACCACGCCCAGACCCGCCCCCGUCUACCUGCCGGACAUGAGGCCGUCCAAUCAUUACUUGGACCACGGCGUGGUGGGCGGGGCCAGCACCUUCGCCAACACCAAAGCCGCGGGCCUCGACGCCGACUCCCCGGACAGCGGCCACAAGGAGAUGUCCUCGGAGAGUCUGUCCUACAGCCUCAGCAACGGCGACGGGAACGGUUGGCUGAACCCGUACGGCCCCACCUCCUUGACGUCGUCGUCACAGGACUCGGGGCGCCACGACGGCCACGGCGGUUGGAUGACGCCCACCCCUCGCUCCUCCUCCUCGCCCCCGUCCUCCUCACCGAGCAAAAGCAGCACGCUCAAGGCUGGGAGCACCAGCAGCAUCGACAGGUCGGGAGGGGGGAACGGUUCCACCAGUCACAUCCCGCACUCUUCGUCCUUCACGCCGGACUCUUACUUGUGCCGAUCACCGAACUUCUACAAGGCGUCGUCAGGGGGCUCCCCGCACAGGAAAGAAGCCUCCGACAAGAUCAAGCUCAUCUCUCCGCUGGCCUCUCCUCAGGGAUCGACCAGCAGCCACAGAAUGGACUAUAAAUCAUCGCCCCUGCCUCACAACAACAGCCACCACCAGUCGAUGUCGUCGACGUCGAUGUCGUCGACGUCGUACACCUCAUCUCCGUCGUCGUCGUCUGCAGCUUUGACCUACACCUUGUCCCACAUGUCGUCCGGCGGGACGGCCCCGAAGCUCGACCCGCCUCCGAAGUUCCGAAGAAGCUCGAGGCCGAUGGAGAGAUGGGAGCGAGGCAGUUGGUACAUGUCGUCCCUGGCCGAGCCCCCCGGGGCGUUCGCCUCUGACAGUGAC